AUGUUGGCCGACUUGCAGCAGCAGCAGCACGAGUCGACAAAGGCCGCGGCAAACAAUGAGACGAAGCAGUUGAAGCAGCAGGUGGAUGAGCUGCGCGCUAAGCUCUCCGAGGGCGAGCUUCCUGGCACAGCCAUCACCAUGCCCGAGCAGGACCUCUCUGGGAGGAGUCACGGGCAAGAGCAGUGGCCAGCAGUGCAUCACAGCGAGCUGGAGACCAGGGAGGCGCAGCCCAACCUGCAUGCUGAUGGAGGCCGGGCUGAGGCAUUUGACAGUGGAGCUGAUGACUCGGAGUAUGGCUCCACGUGUCUCUCAGACACCGCCUCAGCGGACUAUGGCACAACUGUACACAUUCAACAUCUUCUGAUAGAGACUCCAGAGUGUGAGCGUCACCGUCUCUUGAAUAGGGUUGCUGACAUAUUCGUGACGAGUAGUGCGCCUGUGGUGUACAACGCCGCCACGGCCAGCAAGGUAUCCGCACAGAUGGUUACCGCAUUCUUCGAAACCUGGCACCCCACUAUCAAGGCCGACCCGGCUUCGGGGAGCAUUUGUCCAAAGCUGUUACACGGCGUCGCCGUUUUGGUCCAGGAUCUAUGGAGUAGUCCAGGCCAGGGCCCUCCCUGA